CGGCCACAAAGCAACCACGACGGAGCAGUGCAAGAGAGAGAGAGUGGAAGGAUGAAGUUUUCGGUGAAGGCAUGGAGCAAGAACGGGCGUGCGAGGGUAGGUUUGUUGCAAUUGAAUAGUAGUAGUAGCAGCUGUCGGCAAGGAGGACCGCCGGCGAAAGAGAUAGAGAUAGAGACACCAGCUCUACUCCUCACAACUCGCAAAGGUCUGCCUGCUUUCAUAUCCCCUGACCACCUUGCCUCUCUUCCAUCUCCGGAUUCUCGACUCCUUCAGUUUAGCCCCAUGCACUUCAUGGAGGGUCCUAAUCUGAAGACAAUAUCAAAUAUCGGAGGAGUGCACCAGCUUCUUAGUUUGCAUGGUUAUGGAUUUGUUGCUUUGCCAAGGGAUUCUAUUCUAUCUCUUCCAGAAUGUAAUAGUAGUAACAGGCAUGGAGCAUCAUUUGAGACUCCAUGUGGACGUUUCUUGGUGAAACCUCUUGAGUACAUGAAAAUGAUUUCUUCGAUGAAGCCAGACUUAUGGGUUAGUUUAGCUGAUGAAGUAUCUGCUUCAGUCACAGCAAAGAGGAAUAAAGCUGCUGUUGAUCGAACUAUUAGAUGGCUUGAUGAUUGCAUUUCACUAAAAUCGACAGAUGGAGCUCUUUUUGGAUCCAUUGUUGGAGGAUGCAGCAUUGAAGAACGUCAACAUUGCGCUCAAGAGGUAGCAAAGAGAAAUGUAUCUGGUUAUUAUAUUGGCGGUUUUGGUCUUGGAGAUAGCAUCGAUGGAAGGUCUACUCUUCUGCAUGCUGUUACGGACUGUUUACCAAAAGAAAAGCCUCGCCAGGUUUGUGGUCUUGGACUUCCAGAGGAGGUAUUACAGGGCAUUGCUGCAGGAAUCGAUCUCUUUGACUCCAUGUAUAUUUACCAUCUGACACUUGGGGGCUUUGCACUUAUCUUCCCACUUGAUGGACAAUGUAAACAUGUGUCUGACCCUCAACUAAGUGCUAUGACUAGUGACCACACAAAGAUAAAUCUAAAAGCAACUGUUUAUAGGAAAGAUGCAUCACCAAUCGUUGAUGGCUGCAACUGCUACACAUGCCAGAACCAUACAAAAGCAUACAUCAAUCAUCUACUCAAUGUCCAUGAAAUGUUGGCUCAGAUUCUUCUUGAAAUACAUAACACACACCACUAUUUGGCAUUCUUUCGUCUAAUUAGAGAAGCAAUCACCAAAGGAAAGUUUGAGCAAUUUAGGCAGAACUUCAUUGAGAGCAGGCGUGAUCAUCUUUUGGCAGCUUCGCUGAGCAGCAUGAGUUAGAAACUCCAGUAAGUUGGAUUUCUUAUGAUCUAGCACAUUAUGGCACACAAAUAACUUCAAGACUUUUUGUCAGUUUUCAGCAAGAAUACUACCUUCUACCUUUGCACUGAACUAAAUUCUUUCGGGUUGGGGGGGAUGGAACUGGGAAGCUAUACUAUU